AAAGCAUAAAAUACUACUAACAACUGAAUGGUAUAUUUCUUGAAAGCGGCUGCUUAUGUUAUAUUAUUAUGUAGUGCUUGAUGAUUUAGUUGAUAUUUAUUGUUCAGACAGAAGACGUAGUGCAGUUUAUUAUGACGUUUCGGUUUCAGUAAUAUAUCUGAGAAUGGCUACAUAUAUUUUAUGACUUUUCAGUGCUGAAAUCGGUUUAGUUACGGCAGAUGAAGGCUCAGUGGUAGAGCAUUGCGUUAGCAGCGCAAAAGGUUGUGGGUUCGAUUCCCAGGGAAGAUAUGUUAGGUAAAAAAUGUUAGCUUGAAUGCACUGUAAGUCACUUCGGAUAAAAGUGUCUGCUAAAUCCAUAAAUGUAAAAAGUUUGCAUGCUUUGACACUACAUAUAUCCUCUUCAGUAAUCAAUCAUAUGGGUAUUAAUGUCAUACUAACUGACUUCUCAUCUUUUUGUCCAAUGUGCUGCCACUCCAAGAUUUUACAUUUCACAUUAACAUAUCAUUUUACAUGCAUGUUGUGCAACCAGUGUUCUUUUGGUUCUUCUGUUUGGAAGCUGAACACGUCUGGUGUAUUUUUUUUUUUUUUUAAUUAUUAUUAUCCACUUAUUUUUUUAAUGCAAACUUCAUUUGAGCAUCUCUGUAAUAUUACUCACCAUCUAUUUCAUAAUGAAUAGUGUGUAAGCGCCUGUCCAGAAGGCAAAAAUUACAGCUGUAUGAAUCUGAAUUUUUAUGCACAUUUGAUAGUUUAACCUUCCUUUUAGGAAACACUUCCUACUUUACAUGCAUAAAGAGGGAGAGGGAUAACAUCAAUGAAACAAGUUUUUAUUGGCCCCCGAGCUUAUUUAAUUUUCCUUUCUUUUAAUUUGUUUUUCAAAACACUUUGGUUUUUUGCUCUAAGCAUUGAAGAUCAAACAUCAGAAGAAGCUUAAAUGACCUCCACUAAUCAAUGAACUCAGAGCAGUGGCUGAGAGAUGAGAUUCAGGCUAUUACUGAACUGCUUUUGGUUCUCAGGGUAAAGUACUGUUUAUGCAUCAAUUUUAGUUGAAAUAGAGUGUCAGUAGUUCAAGAUUACAGGUUUGCACCUAGAUAAAAAUGGUUUUCUGAAUGUUUUUCCAAACUAGUUUCGAUGACCUAUAUGAUGAACUUGGACGAUGCUAAUCUGAAACACAAUUAGCAGGAUAACAUUUUCUGAGUACUGAACUUACAAACAGCAUAUCAAACUCUUUGGAGGUCAAAGGUUUACCCAAAAAUCCUACUAUUAUAUAGGCACUUUGUGAGCUAUUGAGUGAAAAGGAAUGAGAAUGAAAAGGAAUUAUGUACCAUAUUAGAGUCUAUCAAAAAAGCUGAUGUCUGUACAUUUCUUUUUUCUUGGUCAGUUAUAGUGCAGCUUUUACCCAUUUCUUUUAUAUCUGAUCCUUAGAAAUUAUUUUCAUUGGUGUUUGCUAAUGUAUUCAGUUAUAAAUUACAUGUUGGACUUGAAUAAAAGCAGUUAAUUUAGAUGCUAUCACACGAUGCACAUUUCUAGCUUAUCUAACAAAAAUGUGUUUUAAAGUGCUGAAUGCACCAGAAGUCUCAUCAAUUUUAUCAUAAGGAAAGUUUCAAAUUGUAUAAAGAAGCUGUGUUUCUCUGUUCAUUUGCCUCUAUUGGUGAACUUUAUUAUAAGAUAUAUUCAACCUAGCAUGGUAGGAUAUAAAAGUGAUUUUGGUGAUAAAGUGGUAAAAUUAAUUUCAGCACAUCUUGUUAUUAUGCUCUAGAGAAUGAUGUGCUUUGCACAUUACUGUGCAGAGUAAUUCAUUUAUAAAACAGCUUAUUUAUGCUCAGGUCCAGAGAUCAUUUGAGCACUGGACCAGUGAGGCUCGGCCAGAGUAGUUGUAACUCUCUUACAUGCUCUAAUAUAAGAGCUAUCAGGAAAUGCACCACUGUUUUAUCGGAAGUAGGAAAUGCAAUAAUAUAAUAUAAUGUAAAGUUGUAAAUAAGUAAUAUUUGUUGUUGAAAAUACAGUACAAUUAUUUUUAUACAAUAAUAAUACUAAAAUUUCUCCUUUCUUUUAACAAAUCUCUCCCUCUUAUAUGAAAUAGCAGGUUACCUCCCACUUUCUACUUGUUCCCUGUGUUGACCUUUGUAUUUCACAGUAGCAUGAAUAUGCAGUGUCACUGAAGAUAAGCCAGGCAAAACAUGGAAGUGGGAAUAAGCAGUCUUUUCAGCCGGCAGACACCAUGAGAGAUUGCAGAUGAUGCUUUGAACUUCUCUCCUGAGCUUCCAAUGGAACUACGAAGGAAGAGCCGAACAGUUCAGCCUGCAGGUCCCCUGGAUGGAGGCUAUGGCUGGUUCAUAGUGCUUUCCACCUUUCUUGUAUUUGGGCUGACAUUCGGAGUAAUCAAGUCCUUCGGUGUGUUCUUCGUAGAAAUCCAACACUACUUUGCAACCACAGCGACUGCAAGCUCAUGGAUCACAUCUAUCUCUGUGGCAACUGUACAUUUUGGGGCCCCCGUAGGCUCCGCACUGAGCACGUACUUCGGCCAUCGGCCAGUGGUCGUGGUGGGGGGUCUGCUGAGCAGCAUUGGGAUGGUGGCCGGGUCAUAUGCCCAGGAUCUGCUACAGCUGUACAUCACUGUGGGGUUCCUUACAGGAUUUGGCUAUGCCCUGACCUGGACCCCUACUGUGACCAUGCUGGGCUGGUACUUUGAGAAGCGACGCCCAGUGGCCAACGCUCUUGCCAGCACAGGAGAGUGCAUCCUCACCUUCAUCCUCACCCCAUCCUUUCAGUUCAUGGUGGAUCAGUAUUCCUGGAGGGGAGCGAUGCUGAUCCUGGGAGCUCUGCAACUCAACUUGUGUUUGUGCGGAGCUCUUCUGAGACCCCUCAACAGACACAUUCCCCCUAAAGAGCUCGAGGAGAAAGAGCACGAGCUGGAGCUGUUAUCUCAAUCUCACAUAGACUCUAGAAGUUCAAAUAAUAGGUCAGACUCAAAAAAAUCGGAUCCACUGAAUGUCAAAAUCAUUCGUUACGUGGACUACACUCUUAUCGCUAAUGCGCGCUUCAUGGUCUACUCAAUGUUUGGUGUCUUUGCUGCUCUCGGCUUCUUCGCUCCAUCUCUCUUUCUGGUUCCGUACGCCCGCAGUCAAGGAGUGGAGGAGUACCAGGCGGCCUCUCUCAUGUCCAUCUCUGCGGUGCUGGACCUGUUAGGCCGGGUGUUAUUUGGAUGGGUGGCUAAUCUGCGGCUGGUCAAGACAGUCCAUCAGCUGAUCGUCACAGUGAUUCUGUUGGGCAUUGUUCUGCUGCUCUGCCCACUUGCAACCACAUUCACCCAGCUAGCGCUGUUCAGUGCGGGUUAUGGACUGGUGUUCGGAGCAACUGUGUCCAUUCACAUCACAGUACUCGCGGAGGUGGUGGGGGUGGAGAGGUUGGGAAGUGCUCUGGGCUUCUUCAUGCUCAUCCGCAGCAGCGGUGGCCUCCUUGGACCACCAUUGGCAGCUGUUUGAACUUUCAUUCUGACGGCACCCAUUCACUGCAGAGGAUCAAUUGGUGAGCAACUGAUAUAAUGGUGAAUUUCUCCUAAACUCAUCUACAUUUUGGAUGGCCUAAGGGUCAGUAAAUAUUCAGCAAAUGUUUAACUAUUGUUUUAAGAGAAAAUUCCAUUUCAAACUUAAUUGACUAAAAUAUUUUCUACUCUUUCUACAGGAAUCUUCAUAGACAAAAUGAGUGACUAUGGAACUGGUUUUCUGAUGGCAGGCGUGGCUCUUCUCGUCUCCGCCCUCUUUCUGCUUGUGUUACAGCAGAUGAACAAAAAAGGGAUGGGAAGGGGUAAAGACGUCAACUUGGA